AUGACAACAUUAAAAAUAGCUCGUUUACCUCGUCGUGAUUCUAUGAAACAUUUAAAAUUAUACGAUUUAGAUGAUUUAGAAAAACAUUCAUUUAAUAAUGAUAAUGAUUCUCAACAUUCUUCUGACAGUUCACCAUCAUCAUUAAAUCAUUUAAUUUAUAGUUUACCUCGAAAAGAGAUAUUAAAUAAUGUAAACAAUGAUAAUCAUACAACAAUGUGUACAACGAUAGUUUCAUCAAAACAACAACGACAACGAUUAUUGGGUAGUUAUGUACGAUCAGAGAAUAUUAAAACUAUUGUAAAAAAUCAAUCGGAUAAUGCUUAUGAUGAUGAACAAAAGCAAACAGAAGAGAAUGAUGAUAAUGAAAUCGAUGAAGAUAAAUUUGAAGUGGCAGAAAAAGAUAAAAGAUGGUCAAGUGAUUCAAGUUCGAGUUCAGAUGAGAAAGAAGAAGAAGAAGAAAAUGAUAAUAAUGAUGAUAAAUGGUUAGAGGUUAUAUCAAAUGAUAAAAAUAUUGAGGAAACAACUAAUAAUAAGACAAAUAAAAAUGAAAUACGAUAUGGACUAGUUUAA